UAGUUAACUAUAGCCAGUAUAGCUAUAAGAUGGAGGACGCGACUGAGGAUCCUGGUGAAUCUAGUUCUGGCACAAUCUCUGAAUCCCACUCCAAUGAAGAGUCAUCUGGGAGCUCGAAUACAGGAGAAGGAAGGCCUAGAAGCCAAAAGCAAAGGCUUCGUCAUCCAGCAAAAGGCACCGCGCAUGAAAACUUGCCCAAUAUCAUGAACACAGUUCAAUCUGUGCUUGAAGAGAACUCGGAAGCCAAGAAGAAAGGAAGAAAACGCACCAUAUUAGUCUUUUACUACCGGCAGAAUGGUAAAAAGAAACAAAACCAAGAAAAGAAGGAAGAGCAGGCCCCAGAAAGAUCUGAGAGUUCAGAGAGUGACUCAGCUCUACCUGGAACAUCCCAAGACCCAGGACCCUCUGCGCUCUCUCUUCCAAAACGAGUGCGGAAGUGGUUUUUUCAGUAGAGACUGGUCACUACAGCCUUACAUGAGAAUGUUUGGGCAUUGUUGAUUAAACUUUAAUAAAAUGCCUUGUGAAAAUGAAAAAAAAA